GAUACAUUGGAGAGAGAGCGUGAGAGUUUGUGGGCGGCCCGAUAUGGAAAGGAGGCUGCGGAGAGAUUGAAGAAUGAAGAGAAGGCCAGGGAGGCAAGGGAGGCAAAGGAACGUGAAGGGAACUGUUUCUUGUGAUGUCUCAUUCCCUCACUUCUCUUGCAAAACACUGCAUCCCGACCCUUCUCUCACAUCAUGUCAUCCUACGUGACAUUGCCGCCCCGGUAUCAACCUAGACGUCAUUCUUCCGUUCCCGCACACGCAUCAGAGCUGACCAGACGACCCUCUCCCGCUCGAUCCCUUCCCUCGCCUGUCUGUCUCGUCUCACCACGACCGGUCCGUUCUUCAUACCCUCAGGCCGCCGAUCAUCAGCUCGCCGCUGAAGCCCUGUUGACUAUGGCUCCGGCUCCCAAACCAUCAGAGAAGGAUUCGCCCGCGUCUGUUCCGGCUCCCGGCGUCAGUCCCGUCACAAAACCCGUCGAAGAUCCACGAGGCAUCAAACGCAAAUCUGAAGAUGAGACACCUGCUCGACCUACAUCCAACAUGUCCAAUUUGUCCGCUUCGAGCAUUGUCAAGGACAGAGCCUUCUCCCGAUCCCCUUUGGCCGCUCACGAUGCUCGAACCGAUCCUCUCACAGCUUCCAAGUCACCUAUGAAUCGAGCGUCUGGCGUACAUGCUCCGUCGUCGACCUCUUCGUCUCCCGUCAACACUACUGUCGCUCCCGCAAAUCGAUACUCACUCUAUGGGCCACGUGACACGAUGAGCUCUCCAUGGUUGGCGCUCAGUCAACGAUAUGGCUCUAUCGCUUCUCGAACGCCUAUUGGCGCGACGACUGUUGGCGUCAAACCUGCCACUUCGACACCAGCACCGACGGCACCGGCACCAACGUCGGCGACCCGAUCUUCCGUGGACCCCCUUCACUCUCGGGAUGCCCGAACGAGCAGCCCUGGUCAUGCCGGUAGCGCGCCGACUGGCACUGGCUCAAGUUCAUCAUCCAGCACACCCGCGACUACCAUGUCAGGAUAUGGUCACUAUGCGAUGGGACGUCGGGAAUUGACUGAACACCGCGAGCAAUUGCGUGAAGGCAAACGAUGGCUCGAGGCGAUGCUAUCAAAGACUGAAAAGAUGCUUCACAUGGUGGAGAAUAAGAUGGCUUUGGCGCCUGCUGAAACGUCUACGCACGACUAUGAAGAGCGAGAGAGACUUCGACAACGUGAGAUUCACAGACUGGAGGAAGAAUCACGAUUGGAGAGGGAAAAGCGAUUGAGAGAAAAGGAAGCUGCUGAAAAGGAACGUCCAAUGUCAACCUUGAUGGGCGGUUUCUUUGGUCGAGAUAGGCCUUUGUCAGCAUUCGCAGCUGGUGCAAUGGCUCGCGAUCGAGAAGCUCAAGCCGCUCGAGAACGCGAACGCGAGCGCGAGCGAGAAGCUCAGCAUGCUAGAGAGAGGUCAGAAGCAGAGAGAAAUAGGGAUCUCUUGUUGGCUUCCAGGCGCGUGUCGGCAAUCAGUCCGAAUGGUAGAGAAAGGUCUGCCCCUGGUGCUCCGGUUCCUGGAUUACCAAAACCUCAUCUUACGAAUGGAUCGUCCUCGACCAUAGCGACGAACUCAUCGAACAGCUCAUCCAACGACAUCAAGCCACUGAUCGGACCCAAUGCCUCCCUCCCGUCCUCUAAUGGCACCAAUGGAGUGAAUGGCACAAAUGGAACUGCCGCAUCGGCCGGGACAAAACCUGGAGACGCUGCUAAGCCUCGUACGUCUGGAAGUGCGUGGGACGGGGAUCCAGUCAUGGCUGGCGUCGCGUUGCCCAGGCGAGAGCAGGGUUUGGGAAGGCUAGGUCGGGGUCUUUGGAGUUUCGAUGUGCGGGGAUAAGGAGGGAGAUGUACACAGUCUCCAAUCUUUUACUGUGAUACAUACAUGCGUUGUUCUGAAUGUAUCAUGAGACAGACCCACUUGCACAAAUCAUGCUAUUU